ACUGCCCCCUUGCUGCUGAUGCUCUGUGACCAGCUGGCUUCCUGAUCCUGCCAAGCCUUCCAUGCCACCUUGAGAUACAGAUCUUCAGAGUGUAAGCCAGAAUAAGCCUUCUCUUCUGUGAACUGCUUUUGUCAGGGUUAUUUUAUCCCAGCAACAGAAAAGAUGAACCACGCUUGGGAGGAGAAAUAAACCCCACCCCCUGUGAAGCUUUGGUCAUUGUGCUCAUCAUAAGAACAUGAGAGCUGCCUCGAACACCCAACAACUGCUCACCUUUCCCCUUUAGAAAAUGGCUGAGCAUGGGGAGUCCUCCGAGGAUCGGAUUUCUGAGAUUGAUUAUGAAUUUCUCCCCGAGCUCUCUGCUCUUCUCGGGGUGGAUGCAUUUCAGGUGGCAAAGAGCCAAGAAGAAGAAGAGCAUAAAGAACGGAUGAAAAUGAAGAAAGGUUUUAACUCACAGAUGCGCAGUGAAGCCAAACGACUAAAGACCUUUGAGACCUAUGACACGUUCAGAUCAUGGACGCCACAGGAGAUGGCAGCUGCUGGGUUUUACCACACAGGGGUGAGACUUGGCGUUCAGUGCUUUUGCUGUAGCUUGAUCCUCUUUGGUAACAGCCUCAGGAAGCUUCCCAUAGAGAGACACAAGAAAUUACGUCCGGAAUGUGAGUUCCUUCAGGGCAAAGAUGUUGGUAACAUUGGCAAGUAUGACAUCCGGGUGAAGAGGCCAGAGAAGAUGCUGAGAGGUGGCAAAGCCAGGUACCAUGAAGAGGAGGCCAGACUGGAGUCCUUUGAGGACUGGCCAUUUUAUGCCCAUGGGACAUCACCACGUGUACUCUCAGCAGCUGGCUUUGUCUUUACAGGUAAAAGGGACACUGUGCAGUGUUUCUCCUGUGGCGGAAGCUUGGGCAACUGGGAAGAAGGAGAUGACCCCUGGAAGGAGCAUGCCAAGUGGUUCCCCAAAUGUGAAUUUCUUCAAAGUAAGAAAUCCUCAGAGGAAAUUGCCCAGUAUAUUCAAAGCUACGAGGGAUUUGUUCAUGUAACGGGAGAACAUUUUGUGAAGUCCUGGGUCAGAAGAGAAUUACCUAUGGUAUCAGCUUACUGCAAUGACAGUGUCUUCGCUAAUGAAGAACUAAGGAUGGACAUGUUUAAGGACUGGCCCCAAGAAUCACCUGUGGGUGUUGAAGCUCUAGUCAGAGCAGGCUUUUUCUACACUGGCAAAAAGGACAUUGUCCGGUGUUUUUCCUGUGGAGGAUGUUUGGAAAAGUGGGCAGAAGGUGACGACCCAAUGGAAGAUCACAUCAAGUUUUUUCCCGAAUGUGUAUUUCUUCAAACCUUGAAGUCCUCUGCAGAAGUAAUUCCAACCCUUCAGAGCCAAUAUGCACUUCCAGAAGCCACGGAAACCACACGUGAAAGCAACCAUGGUGAUGCAGCAGCAGUUCAUUCUACAGUGGUGGACUUGGGUAGGAGUGAAGCCCAGUGGUUUCAAGAGGCCAGGAGUCUGAGUGAGCAGCUAAGAGACAACUACACUAAAGCCACUUUCCGCCACAUGAACUUGCCAGAAGUGUGCUCCAGCCUUGGCACUGACCACUUGCUCAGCUGCGAUGUGUCCAUCAUUUCAAAGCACAUCAGCCAGCCUGUGCAAGAGGCCCUGACGAUCCCCGAGGUCUUCUCCAAUCUCAACUCUGUCAUGUGUGUGGAGGGGGAAACUGGCAGUGGAAAGACAACCUUCCUGAAGAGGAUAGCUUUUCUCUGGGCAUCAGGAUGCUGCCCCCUGUUGUACAGGUUCCAGCUGGUCUUCUAUCUCUCCCUUAGUUCCAUCACACCAGAUCAGGGACUGGCCAACAUCAUCUGUGCCCAACUCCUAGGGGCAGGAGGUUGCAUUAGUGAAGUGUGUCUGAGCAGCAGCAUCCAGCAGUUACAACACCAGGUGCUGUUCCUGUUGGAUGACUACAGUGGGCUGGCCUCACUCCCCCAAGCCCUACACACACUGAUUACAAAAAACUACUUGUCACGGACCUGCUUAUUGAUCGCUGUGCAUACAAACAGGGUCAGAGACAUCCGCCUAUACCUAGGUACAAGUCUAGAGAUCCAAGAGUUUCCCUUCUAUAAUACUGUCUCUGUAUUACGGAAGUUUUUUUCACAUGACAUAAUCUGUGUGGAAAAGCUUAUAAUUUACUUUAUUGAUAAUAAAGAUUUACAGGGAGUUUACAAGACCCCUCUCUUUGUAGCAGCAGUAUGUACUGACUGGAUUCAAAAUGCAUCUGCCCAGGAUAAAUUUCAAGAUGUGACACUUUUCCAGUCCUACAUGCAAUACCUGUCCUUAAAAUACAAAGCUACAGCUGAGCCUCUCCAGGCCACUGUGUCCUCAUGUGGGCAGCUGGCCUUGACAGGGCUUUUCUCAUCAUGCUUUGAGUUCAAUAGUGAUGACCUGGCAGAGGCAGGAGUUGAUGAAGAUGAAAAGCUUACCACCCUCUUGAUGAGCAAAUUCACCGCCCAGAGACUGAGACCAGUCUACCGGUUUUUAGGUCCUCUGUUCCAGGAGUUUCUUGCUGCCGUGAGGUUGACUGAACUCCUGAGUUCAGAUAGGCAGGAAGACCAAGAUCUUGGACUUUAUUAUUUGAGACAAAUCGACUCACCUCUGAAGGCAAUAAACUCCUUUAACAUAUUUUUGUAUUAUGUCUCCAGCCACUCUUCCUCAAAGGCAGCGCCAACAGUUGUAUCUCAUUUGCUUCAGUUGGUGGAUGAGAAAGAGUCACUGGAGAACAUGUCUGAAAAUGAGGAUUACAUGAAGCUCCAUCCACAAACUUUUCUAUGGUUUCAGUUUGUUAGAGGGUUGUGGCUGGUGUCUCCUGAAUCUUCCUCUUCAUUCGUUUCAGAACAUUUAUUGCGCCUUGCUCUAAUCUUUGCUUAUGAAAGCAACACAGUUGCUGAAUGCUCUCCAUUUAUUUUGCAAUUCCUUCGAGGAAAAACACUGGCUUUAAGAGUACUGAAUUUACAGUACUUUAGGGACCACCCAGAAAGCCUGUUACUGUUGAGGAGCUUAAAGGUUUCCAUAAAUGGAAAUAAAAUGUCAUCUUAUGUAGAUUAUUCAUUCAAGACAUAUUUUGAAAACUUACAGCCACCAGCUAUAGAUGAGGAGUAUACAUCUGCCUUUGAGCAUAUAAGUGAAUGGAGGAGAAAUUUUGCUCAAGAUGAGGAGAUCAUAAAAAACUAUGAAAAUAUCCGACCCAGAGCCCUACCAGACAUCAGUGAAGGGUACUGGAAACUGUCCCCCAAGCCAUGCAAGAUCCCCAAGCUGGAAGUUCAAGUGAACAACACGGAUGCAGCAGAUCAAGCACUGCUCCAGGUCCUCAUGGAAGUCUUCUCAGCUUCACAGAGUAUUGAGUUCCGUUUAUUCAACAGCAGUGGCUUCCUUGAAAGCAUCUGCCCAGCUCUGGAGCUGAGUAAGGCCUCUGUCACCAAGUGUUCCAUGUCCAGGCUGGAGCUCAGCAGAGCAGAACAGGAGCUGCUUCUCACCCUGCCUGCCCUGCAGUCUCUCGAGGUCUCAGAGACAAACCAGUUACCAGAACAGCUCUUCCAUAACUUGCACAAGUUCCUGGGCCUGAAAGAACUGUGUGUGAGACUAGAUGGCAAACCGAAUGUGCUCUCAGUCCUUCCUAGAGAGUUCCCAAACCUCCUUCACAUGGAGAAGUUAUCCAUCCAAACCUCCACGGAGUCUGACCUCUCCAAACUAGUUAAAUUCAUCCAGAACUUUCCAAAUCUCCAUGUUUUCCAUCUGAAAUGUGAUUUCCUUUCAAAUUGUGAGUCUCUCAUGGCUGUGCUUGCUUCCUGCAAGAAACUCAGAGAGAUUGAGUUUUCUGGACGAUGCUUUGAAGCCAUGACCUUUGUCAACAUUUUGCCAAAUUUUGUUUCUCUGAAGAUACUGAAUCUUAAAGAUCAACAAUUUCCAGAUAAGGAAACGUCAGAAAAGUUUGCCCAGGCUCUGGGUUCUCUCAGGAACCUGGAGGAACUGCUCGUUCCCACUGGGGACGGGAUUCACCAAGUGGCCAAACUGAUUGUCCGGCAGUGUCUGCAGCUUCCGUGCCUCCGAGUUCUCACCUUUCACGACAUCUUGGACGAUGACAGUGUGAUUGAAAUUGCCAGGGCGGCAACCAGUGGAGGUUUCCAGAAACUUGAGAACUUAGAUAUUUCCAUGAAUCACAAGAUUACCGAGGAAGGAUAUAGAAAUUUCUUUCAAGCCCUGGACAACUUGCCAAACCUACAAGAGCUGAACAUCUGCAGGAAUAUCCCAGGACGCAUUCAAGUUCAGGCCACCACUGUCAAGGCUCUGGGUCAAUGUGUGUCCCGACUGCCCAGCCUCAUCAGACUGCACAUGCUCAGUUGGCUCCUGGAUGAAGAGGACAUGAAAGUGAUUAAUGAUGUGAAGGAAAGACAUCCCCAGUCUAAACGCUUGAUUAUCUUCUGGAAAUUGAUAGUCCCAUUCUCUCCUGUUAUCCUGGAGUAAAGGAUGCUCCUGAAGACUACUGACAGUUCAGAAUAUCUAAAACUCCUAAAAUUCUAGCUGAGGUCAGAAAAGUAUGUUGGGCCCUCCUGGGUCUGGAGUUAUAGAUAGUUAAGAGUCUCCAUUUGGGUGCUGGUCACCAAACCUUUAUCCUCAGUAAAAGCUACAGGUGCUCUUAAACCCUGAUCCAUCUAUCCGAAGGCUGAUAAUUUUUUUUGAAAAUCUACAUGCUCAUCACUGAGCUACAAUGAACAGUGCCUUUUUAGUCCUUGUAUAUUUCUCCUGUCUAAAGACUAGAGUUUCCUUCAAGUUCAUACAAGGAACCUUCCAAUACCAAGGUCAACAGGAAAGGGCUGGUGAAAGGAACAUUGAUCUAUGUAAAGCCAAGACAUCAUAGGAGCACUGGGUGGAGGAUAUACAUGGUCUGUUUAUAGAUUGAAUCAGCCUUGUACAUGAGGAAGCAUGUGUUGACUUUAUCAUGGCUGCAGCUGACUCUCUCUCCAGGAGAUGCUCUUUAGUCUUUGCAGCACUUUUGCGUAUUCAUUAGCCUUGAUGUGGUUGUGCAUCUAUUGCCAAUGGGUGGGGGGAUAUUGGGCUUAGAGAAAACUGCUUUUGUUUAUGAGAGUUUUUGAUAAUUUUGCAUGUACUGUAAUGGCCUUGUGAUUUUCUUAGAAACUCAUGGUCAGGCUGGAGAGAUGGCUCAGUGGUUAAGAGCACUGACUGCUCUUCUGAAGGUCCUGAGUUCAAAUCCCAGCAACCACACGGUGGCUCACAACCAUCUGUAAUGAGAUCUGAUGCCCUGUUCUGGGGUGUCUAAAGAUGGCUACAGUGUACUUACAUAGAAUAAAGAAAUAAAAUCUUAAAAAAGAAA